CGCUCCUGAUUGCCGGUUCAUCGCCUUAUAAAAGAGCUCCGGCAGCGCGGCUCAGAGCCCCCGAUCACUCUCCGUGUCCGAGCAGCGAGAGAGACAGGUUUGACGGCAGUGAAGAUGGUGUCCGAGCUGGAACAAGCCAUGGAGUCUCUGAUCCAAGUGUUCCACACGUACUCCGGGAGGGAGGGGGAUAAAUACAAGCUGAGCAAAGCCGAGAUGAAGCUCCUGCUGCAGGGGGAGCUAGGCUUCUUCCUCACUCAGAGCAGUAAGGAUCCUAACACGGUGGAUCAGAUCAUGCGGGACCUGGAUGAGAAUAAGGACGGGGAGGUCGAUUUCCAGGAAUUCGUGGUUCUGGUGGCGUCUCUGACCGUGGCCUGUAACGAUUUCUUCGUGGAGCAGCUCAAGAAACAAUGAGCCGCCAGCGUCCUCGGGGUGUAACAACCGCUCCCAAUAAAAAGCAGAACUGGAA